CCAGCAAAGUCAGUUUAGGCUCCCAGCAAUCUAGAAGGGCCCUUGGAGCAGGGGCGCCAGGGAGGACUGGACCGUCUAUAGGCUCCCCCGCUCCUUUCAGCAGACCCAGUCCAGCCCUUCUGACCUGGGGAGACCCGGAGGAAGCCCUACAGGGAGAAGGGUCGCGCCCGGCUUGGUCCGGCCUCAGCCACGGAGGCAUGAUGGUCCUGACUGGCCUCUGGGCCGUCCUUCUGUGUGCCUGUGUCCUAGGCCACCCAAAGCAAACAACAUCUGGAGGAGAGGAUAUGAGAAACUGUUCCGUGACCCCACCGUAUCUUCCAGUCACGGCCGUCAACACCACGGUCCGGCUCAAGAACCUUCGGCAGCAGAUGGCGACUAAGCUUCUCGAUGCCUACAUCAUCCCCGACACGGACGCCCACAUGAGUGAGUAUAUUGCCAAACACGAUGAGAGACGCUGGUGGAUCUCCGGCUUCAGUGGCUCUGCAGGAAAUGCAGUGGUGUCCAAGGGGAAGGCAGCUCUGUGGACCGACAGCCGCUAUUGGAUUCAGGCUGAACGGCAGAUGGACUGCAACUGGGAGCUGCAUAAGCAAGUUGGCACUUUACCCAUGGCAACAUGGAUCCUGGCAGAGGUUCCAGCUGGAGGCCAAAUUGGCUUUGACCCCUUCCUCUUCUCCAUAGACACAUGGAAGAGUUUUGAACUUCACCUUCAAGGUUCCAACAGAAGCCUGGUGCCCAUCAGAGACAAUCUUGUAGACCAGGUUUGGGGGAUGGAGAGGCCUCCUCUUCCCAGUCAGCCAAUUUACUACCUCCAGGAGAAUUUCACAGGGAGCACAUGGCAGGAUAAAGUCACAGGAAUUCGAAACCAGAUGCAAAAGCAUGCUAAAGCCCCGACAGCCGUCCUUCUCUCUGCACUGGAUGAGACCGCUUGGCUCUUCAAUCUUCGAAGCAAUGAUAUUCCCUACAACCCCUUCUUCUACUCCUACACUCUCCUGACCAACUCCUCCAUCAGGCUAUUUGUGAACGCGAGCCGGCUGGGUGACGACGUCCGACGGUACCUGAGCUCGGACUGCACGGGACCGAUGUGUGUGCAAAUUGAAGACUACGAUCGAAUCCAAGAAAACGUCACGGAGUAUGUCAAGGGCGAUGUGCGGGUCUGGCUUGGCACUGAAUAUACCACCUACGGGCUCUAUGGGGUCAUACCCAAGGAGAAGCUCGUGGAGGACUCCUACUCUCCGGUGAUGGUGGCCAAAUCGGUGAAGAACGAGAAGGAGCAGAAGCUGCUCAGGGCUGCACACGUGCGGGAUGCCGUGGCUGUCAUCAGGUACCUGGUGUGGCUGGAGAAGAACGUGCCCCGCGGCAGCGUGAAUGAAUUCUCAGGGGCAGAACAGGUGGACAAGUUCAGGGGAGAAGAAGCGUUCUCAGCAGGACCCAGUUUUGAAACCAUCUCAGCCAGCGGCCUGAACGCUGCGUUGGCCCACUACAGUCCGACCAAGGAGAUCCACCGCAACCUGUCCCAAAAUGAGAUGUACCUGCUGGAUUCCGGAGGACAAUACUGGGAUGGAACGACAGACAUCACCAGGACAGUCCACUGGGGGAUCCCUUCUUCUUUCCAAAAGGAAGCCUACACCAGGGUGCUGAUGGGAAACAUAGACCUGUCUAGACUCGUCUUCCCCGCGUCCACAUCAGGGCGAGUGGUGGAGGCCUUUGCUCGAAGAGCCCUGUGGAAAGCUGGUCUCAAUUACGGACACGGCACGGGGCACGGCAUUGGCAACUUCCUCUCCGUGCAUGAGUGGCCCGUGGGAUUCCAAUCCAAUAACAUCGCUAUGACCAAAGGCAUGUUCACAUCCAUAGAACCCGGUUACUACCAGGAUGGAGCAUUUGGGAUCCGCCUUGAAGACGUGGCCCUGGUGGUAGAAGCUCAGACCAAGUAUGGCGCGUCCUACCUGACCUUCGAGGUGGUGUCCCUGGUACCCUACAGCCGGAACCUCAUCGAUACUCAUCUGCUACUGCCCGAACAGCUCGAGUACCUGAACCAAUACUAUAAGACAAUCCAGGAGAAAAUCGGUCCCGAGCUACAGAAACGGAACCUGGAGGAAGAGUACCAGUGGCUCCUGAAGAACACGGAGCCCCUGGGCCACAGCCGCAGUCAGGCCCACCUUCCUGCCUCGCUGACCAUCCUGGCGGCAGCCACCCUUGUGUUGGCCCUGGGCCAGAACCUAUAGUGAGGAGACCUCCCGGGGCUCCCCUCAUCACUGCCCAAGGCUGAGACCAGCAUUGAAAGUUCAAGGCCACUGUCUCAAAAUCUUAAAUUUGUACCCUUCAGGGAAGAAACUUUCGGAAUGAAACCGGUUUCCCCUCUCUCUCUCCCCAACUAAGUCCAAAGCCUUCCCAUCCUGGACUUCCUGCCCCUGGUCUCUGGCCGGGAUGUCCUGCCCAAGGGAAUCCAGACAGUUCCCAGGAGUCUCUGGGCCAGGAGUCUACUUUAAAGUUUACUUUAAAAAAAAAGAUUUUUAAGAAACAUAUUCUCUCAUUUUUCAAUGAAA